AUGAGUCCCUUUGCCGAACCCCGAUUCCUCGUACAUGAGAACAUGAAGGCUGCAGCGGCUUCUAGCUUGCCCGGAGUAAAACGAGACCUUCACUCGGGCAGACCCGGUAUGACAUCCUUUCCCAUUGUAAAUUCUGACCUUGUGGCAGCAUUUCGAGCCCCGACUGGCGCAGCAUUGCUCGCCAGUCUUUGGGCUAUCACCCUCCACCAAUACACAGGACGUGACGCCGUAAGUUUCGGAGUCUUAACAUCAGAUCCCACGGGGAAUGCCUCCCCCCUCUCCAUCGUCAAGGCUUGCUAUGCCGAGCUACUCCCCGAAGACAGUUUAACUGGCGUUGCGGAUCGCAUAAGCUCCCAGUUAGUCGUGGACGACAGCACCCCGGCUGGCACACCGAUUACCGGCCCUUUCCCAUUCGACACGGUUGUGGGCUUGGAUACCAAGAAUGCCUCGUGGACGGCAAUGGCUGAGGCUCUGCGAGAAGCAGAGAUUGCGAUUGUGCUGGGGGCCACCCUCACCCCAGAAAGCGUCACUAUCGUUUUCGUGUAUUUCCACUCCGAGGAGCAUGACUGGUAUGUGAGCCGCAUGGCGGCACAACUAGAAAGCCUAAUCCGAGAGGGCGUGCGCUAUCCCCAGCGCCCUCUACAAGAGCUGGGGAACCUGAGUUCGGACGACUGGAAGCAAAUACAGCAGUGGAACGAAACGCGCUCUCCCAGCCCAUCGCCGACCUUGCUGCAUACUUUAAUUCAGCAGCAAGUUGAGUCCCGCCCUCAUGCAAGCGCUCUCGAUGCCUGGGAUGGGAUCCUCAGCUACCAGGAGCUCGACUCCGCUGCCUCUAACCUCGCCCGGCUGCUCGUCUCCCGGGGGGUUGGUCUGGGGACUUAUGUGCCCCUGUGCUUUGAGAAGUCCGUCUGGAUGACAGUAGCCGCGUUGGCAGUGCUCCGGGCAGGAGCAGCCUUCGUAGCCCUCGAUGUCUCCCACCCACCGGAACGAUUGGAGGCAAUUGUCUCGGAAGUGGAUGCGCCCCUUAUCCUGGGUUCCUCAGAAGGCGCCUCUCGAUUUCCAAACCGCCAUGAAUCCUUUCAGCUGGUGAAUGAAGAUAUCAUUCAUGCUUUGCGCCAUCUGAGCUCCGCGCUGCCCAGAAUUGCAACCCGCCGCCCUGUCAAUGUGGCGGAUCCGGCCUAUGUCAUGUUCACCUCGGGGUCCACGGGCACUCCCAAGGGCGUCGUAAUCUCCCACCGCGCCAUCAGCGCCUCAAUCCAGCUGAGUGGAGCACCGAUGGGACUGGGGCCCUACGUUCGCGCCUUUCAAUUCUCAUCCUACGCGUUUGACGCCUUCAUAGUCGAGGUCUUCUUCGCCCUGGCGCUGGGUGGCACGGUGUGUGUGCCAUCCGAGGAUGAACGACAAAACGACCUCGCAGGCGCCAUGCACCGUCGCAAUGCCAGCUGGGCAUGUCUGACCCCAUCAGUGGCCAAGCUGCUAUCCCCAGACGCUGUUCCGGGGCUGACAGGUCUUUUGCUCGCGGGGGAGGCCCUAGACUCAGAGUGUCAACAGCGAUGGGCGGACCGGGUGCACCUCCGCCAGGCAUACGGGCCCGCCGAGUGCAGUGUCUGUGUCUCCGUGCAACAGCGUGUCACCCGUGACACUGAGCCAUCCAACAUUGGGACACCUCUGCCACCCACCUGGAUCACCACCGCAGCCGACCCCCACCGGCUCGCCCCCCUAGGUGCUGUGGGUGAGCUCGUGGUGGCCGGGGCGACCCUCGCCCAGGGCUACUUGCACCGUCCAUCGCAGACAGCUGAUGCCUUCCCAUCCAGCCUGUCAUGGCUGGGGACUGCGGGCUCAUCGCGUGUCUACCGGACGGGAGAUCUGGUACGCUACAAUUCCUCCGGCACGCUGACAUUUGUUGGCCGCAACAACACUCAGGUCAAAGUCCGCGGCCAGCGUCUGGAGCCUGGCGAAGUCGAAGCCCAGAUCCGCCAGCUGUCAGACGUGGAACAGGCUGUCGUGCUUCUACAUACACCCCCGGAUGCCGGCAAGGGACCGCAGCUGGUGGCCGUGCUCUCUAUGACAAGCCUGUCGCUGGAGACGCCCGACCUGACGCUGGUGGAUGAGGUCCCUGACCACGCGCGACAAUUCCCCGAAAGCCUGGCCAGUCGUCUGCCCGCGUUUAUGGUGCCUGCGCUCUGGUUGGUCGUCAACCGGCUCCCGCUCUCUCUUUCAGGUAAACUUGACCGCCGGGCUGUCCAGCAGUGGUUGUCGGCCACCCCCUGGAGCCAGCUGCACGUGGCCUCGCUGGGAGCAGCACGAGACUCUGGCCGCGACGAGACAGACGAGGGGUCCGUAGCAUGGACAGCAGCUGAGAGCCAACUGCGCCAGAUCUGGGCCCGGGCCCUGAACCAGCCGACCGAGCGGAUCGGCCAUCGCACCUCCUUCUUGGAACUGGGAGGCGACUCGAUCUCUGCAAUGCUGGUGGUCAGUCGAUGCCGCGAGCAGCAGCUCCGCUUGACAGUCGCGGACCUGCUGCGCGCGGGAACUCUCCGCCAGACUGCGGCCUCUUGUCAACCCAUCGAGACUUCGAGCUGUCUGGUUGAGCCAGAGAAUCCCCAGGCGCGGCUGCAGCCCUUUGCGCUGACCCCCAUCCAGCGCCUGUAUCUCGAGCUCGACCCGCAGCUUCAGGGUCAUUUUGUCCAGGACUUUCUGGUGCGGUUGACCCAGCCCGUCACCCCAGCGGCCAUUGGGAACGCCUUGGAUACCCUGGUCGGCGUGCAUGACAUGCUGCGCGUGCGGUUUCAACAGUAUGAUGACACCUGGAUGCAGCAGGUCACCGACGAUCGCGCGAGCUCCUACCGAUACACCGUGCACGGUGCCAUAAGCGACGCUGCGGCGCAGUCCGUGAUGGCCUCAUCGCGCCAGUCCACCAAUCCAGAAAAUGGACCUCUGGUCAUAGUGGACCACUUCUCGAUCGACGGCGAGCCACAUCUGUACUGGGUGGUCGACCAUCUGGUGAUUGACCUAGUCUCAUGGCGUAUCCUGCUUGACGACCUCGAGCAGCUCUUGUUUGGCCGCCCCAUCAGUCCCCCAUCCAUGCCCUUCCGGACCUGGGCCCAGGUGCAGGCUCGCUACGUGGCCGAGGAGCUGACGCCUGAGGUCGUCCAGCCUGGCCGCGUGCCCUCGUUCUCUCUCUCAGACUGGGGCCUGGCACCAGAGGCUAACCAGUUUGGUAGCCAGGCUCGCCGGCAAAUCGUCCUGGAUCCAGCCAGCACCGAACGACUACUGAGGACCGGCAAUGCUGCCUUCGCCACCGAGCCCGUAGAUCUCUUGCUGAGUGCGGUCGUGGCGGGCUUCCACCAGGCCUUCCCUGGCCGGCGGCUGCCAACGAUCUUCCAGGAAGGACACGGCCGCGAGCCCUGGGAUGGCAGCAUCGAUCUCACGCGCACCGUGGGUUGGUUCACCACCAUAGCUCCCAUCGUCCUCGGUCUGGACGCGUCGCCCUCAGAUCUCGCUUCCCUGGUGCGUUACGUCAAGGACACCCGGCGUAGCAUCCCACGCAACGGGUGGCCGUACUUCGCCACGCGCUUCCUGCAUCCACGCGGUCCGGAUGUCUUGGGCGUGGGCGGCCCUAUGGAGGUGACAUUCAACUACUUUGGUCGUUAUCAGCAGCUGGAGCGGCCCGACGCGGUAUUUCACCGCGUGCAACACGCUGCCGCUGGGGAGGAUCAUAUGCAGCCCCUGGCACCGCGUCUGUCACUGUUUGAUAUUAGCGCUUGGAUCGAGGACAACUGUGUGGUCAUGACCCUUCAGUUUCCCGCUGCCUUGCCGGACUAUGAUCGCGCCGUUUCCUGGUUUGACGGCAUCCCAGCGACGGUGGCGGAGAUGCUGCAGACACUAGGCGAUGACCGACGCGGCUUCACAUUGAGUGAGUUCCCUGCGUGGUCUAGCACGUAUUCCGACCUGGACCACCUGGCUGCCAUCAGCCUCCCGGCCCUGGGCUUGGAGCCGUGCGAUAUCGAGGACGUUCUGCCACUGUCCGAUGUACAGCGGGGCAUCUGGCUGAGCCAUCGCGUUAACCGCCGCCACUACGCUGUGCAGCGGACGUGGCGCGUCAUCGUCCCUGAGGGCCAGAGCUCCGUCCCGCAGCUUGUGGCCCAACUGCAGCGGGCCUGGCAGGAAGUAGUCGACCGCCACGCCAUGCUGCGCGCCAUUGUUGUUGACGACCUUCCACAGACCUCGGGCCCUGUGCAGGUCAUUCUUCGCUCCGCAGCUGCAGUCGUGGACAUUGUCCCCGCUUCUUCGAAGGUCAACGACGAUGAGGAUUACCCGGUGGGGAGGCUGUUGCAUCGACUGACCAUUUGGACCGACGCCACCACGGGCAUUGUGCACUGUCGCCUGGGAAUUAACCACGUUCUGGUGGACGGGCAGUCCGUGUACCUACUCGAGCAGGAAUUUCUCCAGGCUUGCAACCGCGAGCGGUUGAGGCCCACCGAGGAGCCCUCAUUCCCGCAGUAUCUCCGCCACCUGCAGACGGAGGACCAGGCCGAGGCUCUUGCGCACUGGAAGCAGCGCUUAGGGGAUCUCCAGCCUUGCCUGCUGAGUAUCCCAGAUGACAACGAGCUCCCAGAGGGCGCGGAAACUUUCCCCACGCUGGGCCGGGUCGCGGUGCCGCUGACGGCACAAAGUACUGCCGCGCUGUUAUCGUUUGGAAGCCAACACGGCCUCACACCAGCCACCUUGACGCAGUACGCCUGGGCCCUGGUGCUGAUGUUCUUCACCAACACGGAAACACCCUGCUUUGGGUACUUGACCUCAGACCGCGAUCUCCUCGCCGGCAACGCAAUCGACACGGCCAUCGGCCCCUUCUUGCGUCUCCAGAUCGCUGCCUUUGACUUCUCACAGCGUCAGACCGUACUAGAGGGCCUGGCCCAGACCCAGGAGGCCGUGCUCAGCGGCAUGGCCCAUCACUCUCCCUCCCUGGCAGAGCUGCAGCAUGCCCUCGCUCUUUCGGGGCCUGCCUUCAACACCGUCGUUUCGGUGCAGCGCACGCCCUUGCCGACCACUGGGAAAGCCCUCAGUCUCGAGAUAGUCGACACGCGCGAUCCUACCGAAUACGGGGUCACCGUGUCGGUCUACACCGCGGAGCACGAGCUCGACAUCGAGUUAGAGUACUGGUCCGAUGUGCUCUCUCCGGCGCAGGCUGACAGUCUGGCCGCAUCGUUUCACGCAAUCCUGGAAGGAAUAGUCCGCCACCCGUCUCGCCACCCAGACGAUCUGGCCCUGUUGGGCGAGCAAGAUCGUGAGCAGAUCGCCUCAUGGAACGCGAGUCUCCCGUGUGCCAGCGAGGGCCCGCUACAGGCUCCAAUCGAGGCCCUCAGUCACCAGGACCCGGACCGGCUUGCUGUCGAUGCGCACGACGGCACCCUCACGUACCGCGAGUUGAACGACCUGGCCACACUCGUAGCUGCCCGCCUCCAGGCGGGGGGUACUCAGCCGGGGGAUACGAUUCCCUUUCUUUUCCACAAGUCGCGCUGGGCGAUCGUUGCCAUGGUUGGUAUCCUCAAAGCUGGGGCCGCCUACGUGCCCAUCGAUGUCGCGAGGACGCCCGCCAGCCGCCGGGCCGUGAUCUUCGCUGACUGCCAGGCCGCGCGUAUUGUCUGUGCUGCGUCACUGGAGAAGGAGCUGCUGCGGGCGCAUCCGGAACUGCCGGCCGUCGUCGUGGAUGAAACGAUCGUCACGCAAUCCCUGGAUGAGCUGCAGCCCGUCCACGCCGAUGGGGAUCGCCUCGCAUACAUCCUGUACACGUCCGGCAGCACGGGCCAGCCAAAGGGCGUGCCAAUAUCUCAUCGUGCCGUCAGCACCAGCGUGCUGCAUCAUGGACCAGCGCUCGGCUUUGCCCCCUCGCGCCGGGUACUGCAGUUCGCCUCGUACGCCUUCGACAUGUCCGUGUCGGACAAUUUUGCCACCUUGACCGUGGGCGGCUGCGUGUGUGUGCCACGCGAAGAGGACCGACUGGACCGGUUGGCAGAUCUCAUCGGCGAUAUGAAGGUUGACAUGGCCAUCCUCACCCCCAGCGCUUCCCGCCUGUUGCAACCCGAGGAAGUGCCCGGGCUCGAGGUCCUGGUCCUGGCCGGGGAGCCGCUGCCGCAGUCUGAGAUCACACGCUGGGCACCCCGGUUGCGUUUGAUGAAUGGCUACGGACCGACAGAAUGUAGUAUCUAUGCUGCUCUCACGCCAGUGGCUGUCCAUCAGCGCGCCCAGAUCCUCGGGGCCGGUGUUGGCGCCGCUCUCUGGGUCGUGAACCCACGCAACCAUCACCAAAUACUCCCUCUAGGGGCCCUGGGAGAGCUGCUGAUCGAGGGCCAUACUCUCGCGGCGGGUUAUCACCGGGAUUCCAUCAAGACCGACGCUGCCUUUGUAGAUGCCCCCGAGUUUGUGCAGCGCCUCCGCGGCGUCGGUACCAAGGUUUACCGCACGGGAGAUAUCGUGCGCUACCAACCCAGUGGCCGCAUUCUGUUUGGCCAUCGGAAGGACGGCCAGCUGAAGGUGCGCGGCCAGCGCGUGGAGACCGGCGAGAUCGAGCACUGUCUGCGUCGUCAUUCCCGUGUCACGGAUGCCCUAACCUUUCUGCCAACUAGUGGCCCGCUGAAGAACACCCUCCUGGCAGUUCUUGAACUAGCCGCAGAGCCCGAGCGAGAAAACGAGGAUGCGGACGGCUUGCAGCUGGUCCUUACCCCGGAGGCUCAGACGCUGGCUACUCAGCUCCGGGAGACAUUGACACUCCAUCUCCCGACAUACAUGGUACCGGGAAUUCUCAUCUUCGUGCGCCGGUUCCCGCUGAUGGUGUCCGGCAAGGUCCACCGCGCCGGUGUACUCCACUGGCUGCAAUCCAUGGACCAGGACACUUAUCAGCGCGCCCGGACACUGUCCGCCACAGGCACAGAUGACAAGGAGGAUCUCAGUGACAUGCAGCGACAGAUGCGCUCCGUCUGGAGUCAGGUGCUCAACCUCCCUGCGGAGCAGAUCGGCCUUCACACACCAUUCCUUAGCCUGGGCGGCGACUCCAUCUCGGCCACACAGGUCGUCACGCGGUGCCGUUCGCAGUUGCGCUGGAAGCUGAGCGUGGCAGACGUGAUACGCCAUCGGACCAUUGCUACGCUGUGCCACGCCGUGAAGCCCAUGGGCCAGCCGGUAGGGCAGGCUGUGUCUACGACUAUCGCCUCGGAAGAAGCCUUCGCCUUGUCCCCGAUUCAGGAAUGGCAUUUCCGGCAGGCGCCCCAGGGGCAAUCACACUACAACCAGAGCUUCCUGCUCCGCGUCGCCACAGGGCGUCAGGUAAGUCCCCAGGCCGUGGACACAGCAUUGGUCACCAUCGUCGGCCAGCACCCCAUGCUGCGCGCGCGAUUCACCUGCGACAGUGGGGUCUGGACACAGAAGAUAACCAGCGACGUGUCGUCCUCGUACCGCCUGACUACACAUGAAACCCGCUUCGCUCAGCGCGAUCAUCUCGCUGCGCUGAUCCUACAUAGCCAACAGACGCUCAAUAUCAGCAAGGGCCCGGUGCUCGUGGCCGACACAGUACACCUGCGUGGCGAACAAUGCAUCUUCCUGGCCAUCCACCAUCUGGUAGUCGACCUGGUAUCGUGGCGCAUCAUCUUGCAGGAUCUUGAGGACCUGCUAUCUACCCCCAACCAUGUGCUCUCUCCAGCGUCCUUGUCCUUCCCUGUGUGGGUCAAGCUGCAGAACGACCACUGCGAUGCCGUCCUAUCUCAAGGCCUGGCCGCCACGCUGCCCUUUGACAUCCCGACCGCCAACCUGGAUUAUUGGGGCAUGGCCUCCCGGCCGAACGCUUACGGGGAUGCUGCCAGCUUUUCUGUGACGGUCGAUGCCAACACCAGCCAGGCGCUACUAGGGCCCAACUGCAACGGGGCAUAUCGGACCGAGCCUGCGGAGAUCUUCUUGGCUGCCCUGGUUGCCGGAUUCCGGGCCACCUUCGUGGAUCGUGAGGACAUGCCGGCCAUCCAUACCGAGGGCCAUGGACGCGAGCCCUGGGACCCCGCGCUCGACCUUACGCGCACCGUGGGCUGGUUCACCACCAUCUUCCCCGUUGUGCUGGCCACCCCGCCUACCACCUGGCACGAGGCUAUCCGCCAGGUGAAGGACAGCCUGCGCAGUGUUCCUGGGAAUGGCUGGCCGUAUUUCGCCUCCAAGCACCUCCGCCAGGGUCCUGCUGAAACCACUCCCGAGAUUCUCUUCAACUACUUGGGUCGCUACCAGCAGCUGGAGAAGGCCGAUGCUCUGCUGCGGCUGGAGCCUCUGGGAAAUCUCCAGAAUACUGACAUCGCGCCGGAAAUGCCCCGGCCGGCUAUAUUCGAGCUCGCCGCGUGGGUAGAGGCCGGCACCCUCCGCCUGUUGUGGUCAUAUCCACAGUCAAUGGCACGGGCCAGCCAGGUUUCGUUGUGGGCAAACCACACCCAGCAGGUGUUGGCCGACAUGGCCUGGAGGCUGCCACAGCGCACUCCACAGUACACCCGCAGUGACUUUCCCUUGCUGCCCAUGUCCGAGUCCGAGCUGGCCCAUCUGGAAUCGUGCGUGGCAGAGACGUAUGGGCCGCAGACCGGGCUUGUUGAGGACGUGUAUCCGUGUGCACCGGUCCAGGAAGGUAUUCUGCUCGCCCAGUCCAAGAACCUAGGGUACUACCACGUUCAAUAUGUGUGGCAGGUCCAGGACCAGCAGACACCCCCUGAUCUGGACCGCCUCGAGGAAGCCUGGCACGCCGUCGUUCGUCGCCACCCCAUGCUACGCACCGUUUUCCGUGACGACCUCACCGGUAGUGGCCAAUUUUCCCAGCUGGUGCUGCAGAGACCUGAUGUGCGCAUCCCGCGCCGGCACCUGGCAGGCCCACGCGACGCCGUACUGGCUGCCCUGGCCACACAGCCCCUGGAGGCAUUCCCCCCAAUGCACCCUCCGCACCGGGUGACCCUCUACACGACCGAUGCGGCCGAGGUGUUCGUGCGCUUCGAGGACGCCUAUCAAGAUCCGGUUGCGGCCGCUGAUGCGCCGGUUGGCAUGCUUUACUCGCAGUAUAUCAGUUACUUGGCGCGCCAGCCCCGGGCGGAUGACCUCAAAUACUGGGUUUCUUACCUAGUAGACAUGCCAUCGUGUCAUCUCCCGACGGCGACCCCCGCGGCCCCGACUUCACCGGACCGGAUGGCUAUCCUCGAUGUGGCCGUCCCCAACUUGGCGGCCCUCACGGCAGUGCGCCAGACGCGCGGCGUGACCCUAUUUAACAUGAUGCAGGCCGCUUGGGCACUCGUGCUGCGCCGCUAUCUUGGACAGAACCAGGUGUGCUUUGCCUAUGCCACGUCCGGGCGCGACCUGCCCUUGGACGGCAUUGAGGAUGUCGUCGGGCCCCUCAUCAGCGUGUUGCCGUGUAAGGUCGAAUAUCAUCCCGACGCUCCCCUGCCGCUGGUUGAUCUGUUAGAGCAGGUCCAUGAGGACGUCCUGGGAGGCUCUGAACGGGCCCGCAUUUCCCUGGCGGAGAUUCACAGCGCUGCACAAGUCGCCGGACAACUCUUCAACACGCUUGUUUCCUACCAAGUGCACCGCAGCGAGGUGGUUGGGUCGAGACUGACCUUCCGCACUGAAUUCGCUGAGGAUCCCGCCGAGUAUGACAUUACCCUACAUGUCACUGACAACGGCACCGAUCUGGCGGUUUGCUUCAGCUACUGGCAGUCGAAGUUCUCGGACCCCCAGAUUGCCGUCCUGGCGGAGGCCUUGCAAGACGCGCUUGAAGAUCUUGGUCAUGCAGCGGUACGCAGCCAUGCCGACGCUGAGUGGCAUAAACUGGCUUUAUGGAAUAGCCAUGGCCUACCGACCGCGACGGACACUGUAAUUUCGCGCAUCUCCGAGAGCGCGGUGCAACACCACGACCAGCCUGCCAUCGUUGCCCGCGACGGGACACUCACAUACCAGCAGCUUGAGGCGCUGUCAUCCCAGCUGGCACACCGCCUGCACCAUGACCACGGCAUCACGCGUGGGCAUCACGUCCCGUUGCUGGUAGAGAAAUCCGCUUUGGCGGUGGUGUUCAUGCUGGCUGUCUUGAAGGCCGGCGCCGCCUACGUGCCAUUGAACAUCCAGGACCCCGCCGUCCGCAUGAAGGAGCUGUCGCAGCGUGUGCAGGCGCCCCUGAUCCUCUGUAGUACCACCUGGCACCAUCAGGCUGCCACCCUGGGCUCACCUGCAUUGGCGCUGAGCCUUCAGGAUAUCGCAUCCGGACUGAACGACGCCCGACCUCCCAACUGGCGCCACCCGGAGAGCACUGCCAACGAUGUUGCAUACGUGCUGUUCACCUCGGGCAGCACCGGCACCCCCAAGGGCGUUGUGGUGGAACACGGUGCUAUCACCGCGAACCUGUGCGGUCUGGGCCCAGCUUUCGGACUUAGUGCGGCAGCACGUGUGCUGCAGUUCACAUCAUUCAUCUUCGAUGUCUCUGUGAUGGAGAUCCUUGGGUCCCUGCUUCACGGCGCGUGUAUCUGCAUGCCCACCGAGAGCGAGCGCCUGGAGGAUCUACCCGGCGCCAUCAGCCGUCUGCAAGCAACCUGGAUGUUCCUUACCCCGACAGUGCUCGCCACCGUGCAGCCCGACGAGAUCCCCAGCAUGCGUAACAUUGUCAUGGGAGGCGAGCUCGUCCCACGCGCGCUUAUCCAGCAGUGGUCCCCCCAUGUCCACGUGCAGAUCGGCUAUGGCCCAACGGAAUGCUCCGUUUUCACCCUGCUGGAGGACUCUGUUGGCCAUGCUGCUGCCCAUGGCGACAGUAUCGGCCGUGCGCCUACGGCACACGUCUGGAUAGUCGACCCAACCAACCACGAGCACCUCACACCUAUUGGGGCUGUUGGCGAGCUGCUAGUCCAAGGACCCCUGGUCGCACGCGGCUACCUGGAUGAUGCAGAUCGCACCGCGGCGGCUUUCAUUGAUGCUCCUGCCUGGGCCCGGGCUCACGGCCGCAAUGGUCGCAUGUACAAGACCGGCGAUCUGGCCCGAUUUACCCCUGAUGGACGGGUGGAAUACCUUGGCCGACGCGACGACCAGGUCAAGCUGCACGGCCAGCGCGUGGAAAUGGGUGAGAUAAACCACCAUCUCCGCGCCGCACUACCCUCCUCCCUGCAGGCCACUGUCGACGUACUUUCACUGCCUGGUGCUGGCGUGGACCGCACUCUCGUGGCCUUCCUGGCCCCCCGAUCUACGACUCAACCCGGCCAGGACGUUAAACUAGCGAGUGAUGCCGUGCCAGUCACUCUUGUCGGCGAGCUACGUCGCGCGCUGGCUGCCAGGCUGCCACGACAUAUGGUCCCGGCCUAUUUCUUCCCGGUGACUGCCCUGCCGAUUUCCUCGACGGGGAAGCUCGACCGGCGCCGCCUGCGUGCCUGGGCGGCCGAGCUAAGUGCCACCGCGGUGGUGCCGUGGGCCGGACUCAGCAAGAUGACCGAUGGAGACGAAGAUGAGGACGAUGCGCCACCCCCUCCCUCCCCUGGCGCUGAGGUGUUGCGUCAGCUCUGCGCCGAGGUGCUCCAGCGCGACCCCCAACGUAUCCGCUGGCGGGAGAGCUUCUUUGCGCUAGGAGGCGACUCCUUGCGGGCCAUGACCCUCGUCUCUCUCGCCCGGCGCCGUGGCUUACGGCUCACACUGCCGGCCAUUUUCGCCGCGGCGUCCCUACGUGAGCUGGCAGAUGUCUGCCUGCCGGUUGAGAAGUUCUCCCCUGUAGCCCGUGAGAUUGCCCCGUUCUCGUUGUUACUGUCCUCGGCGGUCUCGACCUGGCAGGAUGCGGCGCGGAAGCAGUGUACCAGCGCCGAGAUUGCCGAUGUCCUGCCGUGCACUCCACUGCAGGAAGGACUGAUGGCACUAUCGCUCAAGCAGCCCGGCACGUACGUCUACCAGCAUGUUUUCCGUCUGACUGACGACGCAGAUCCGUGGGCCUUCCAGCAGGCAGUGGAUAAUGUUGUGGCUGCCAACCCAAUCUUGCGCACCCGCUUCGUGCAACACGAGGCGGUACUCUGCCAGGCCGUCGUGCGCAAUCCCAUUCAAUGGCAUACUGUUGCAGAUUUGGACCAGUAUCUGGCCAAGGACCAGCAGCAGCCAAUGGGCCUGGGUGUUCCGCUGGUGCGCCUCGCCCUAACUGACAACCACUUAUUUGUCUUGACGGCUCACCACGCCCUCUACGACGGCUGGUCGUUGGAGUUGGUGCUGGAGCAGAUUGAUGCCGUCUACCGUGGGCGUCAGGCGUCUCCUGGUGUGCCAUUCGCUCACUUCGUGCAGCACCUGCGCACCAUGGAUCGAGUGGCUGCUGAGCAAUACUGGCGCCAGCGACUCGAUGACGCCGCUGGGGCUGCACCCAGCUUCCCAGCAAUUGCGCCACAGCAGGACCCCGUUGCAGACCGGUCCUUUGUAUCCGAACUGCCGCUCCAACGUCAUCCCGGAUCGGAUGUCACGACGGCCACACUCGUUCGCGCCGCCUGGGCGGUCGUGCUGGCACGCUAUACCAAUAGCGCGGACGUUGCGCACGGAAUCACUCUCUCCGGCCGCAGCGAGGCGCUGGACGGCAUCGAGCGCCUACAAGGUCCAACCAUCACUACGGUGCCGGUCCAUCUCAAUGUGGCUGGCGAGGAGCUGGUUCCGGACUUCCUGCGGCGUGUGCAGCAGGACAGCACGGCCAUGAUGCCCUUCGAACAGCUGGGGAUGCAGAAUAUCCAGCGCCUCAGUGCUGCGGCACGCGAGGCCUGCAACGUGCGGAAUCUGCUGCUCAUCCAGCCCAUGCGCCCCAAAUCCCAGCAGUCCCAGGCGCUGCUGACCCGGUCCCUCGACCACCGCGGGGACAGCGUCCUCUCGUACGCCCUGGUGCUCGAAUGCACCCUCCUCCCCAUGUCCAUCGAGGUGGUUGCUUCCUAUGACUCCUCUGUGUUGGCGCCAGAACAGAUCGCCCGCCUCGUGAGUCACUUUGAACAGGCCCUAACUGCGCUGGCCCGCGAGGAGGCUGCCAUGGCUGUGGGCAACAUCGACCUGUGUACGGCUGCUGACCUCGAGACCAUUUGCGCAUGGAAUGCCACGGUGCCCGCGCGCCAGUCCAUCUGCUUCCCGGACCGUCUCUACGAAAACGCCGUGAAGCGACCCUAUUCCCCGGCGCUGGUGUCCUGGGAUGGUACACUGACCUACCGGGAGCUCGAUCGAUUGUCUUCGCGGCUGGCUGCCUACCUGCAACAUUGGUUACACACGCCCCCGGGCAGCUACAUUCCACUAUGCUUUGAGAAGUCGAAAUGGGCGGUGGUGGCCAUGAUUGCCGUACUCAAGGCGGGUUGCGCCUUCGUGCCGCUGGAUCCCUCCUCGCCGGACAGUCGCCUGGAGUGGACGCGCCAGGCCGUAGACGCUAGACUGGUCCUUUGCUCACACGGCCAGCAGACUCGCCGCCUUUCUGCGGCCACUGUCGUGGUCGAUGCGGCCCUGGUCGACCGGCUCCCCGAGGAAUCAACUGCCUGCGCGCCCGUUGAUCCCCGUGCGACAGCAUACGUGCUGUUCACUUCUGGUAGCACCGGCACCCCCAAGGGAGUCGAGAUGGCCCAUGACGCCCUCUGCACCAGCAUGGAGGAGCAUGGUCGUAUGUUGCACCUGGGUCCGGACACGCGGGCCCUACAGUUCGCCGCAUAUACCUUUGAUGUCAUGAUCGGCGAGACCUUCACCACACUGCUUCGUGGCGGCUGCGUGUGCAUCCCCUCCGACAGCGACCGCAUCAGCCGCCUGGUGCCUUUCAUGAACGAGACCCAGGUCAAUUGGGCCACCCUGACUCCUACCCUGGUCCAGCGCCUCUCGCCUGAUGCCCUUCCAUACCUGCGCACGCUGGUGUUCACCGGGGAGAAGAUCUUGCCCGCGCUAAUCGACACCUGGGCAGACCGGGUGCAAUGUAUCAACGCCUAUGGGCCCACGGAGGCCUGCAUCUGGUGCGUCCAUACGCCCCUGGUCCGCGGCCGCAGCACAGCCACCACUAUCGGCCACGCUGUCGGCGGCACGACCUGGAUUGUCGAUCCUAACCAGCCAGACCGUCUGGCCGCCAUUGGCGCCGUUGGUGAGCUUGUCGUGGGUGGCCACACCUUGGCCAAGGGGUAUUUGCACGACGCUCCCCGGACCGCCGCGGUAUUUAUUGACGCCCCCAGCUGGGCCACUGCGCUAAAUGUCCAGCCCACCCGGUUCUACAAGAGCGGUGACUUGGCCUACUACGCCCCAGAUGGCACCAUCCACUUUGUCGGGCGCAAGGACUCUCAGGUCAAGGUGCGAGGCCACCGAAUCGAGCUGGGCGAGAUUGAACACCACUUGAUCGCGUCACCCGUCACCCGCCAGGCCUUGGUCGUCCUGCCCAAGUCGGGUCCUGGCCAAGGCCGUCUAGUCGCCGUGAUCGCGUUGGCUGACGCCCAAGAGGUGGUGGCGUCGGACCGUCUGCAGGAGGAGCUCGCCAGUCAACUGCCUCCCUACAUGGUGCCCCAGGACUGGAUCGCUGUGGAGCAGGUGCAGACCAUGGCCUCGGGCAAGGCGCACCGGCGGGCCGUGCAAUCAUGGCUGGAGGCCAUGAGCAUGGAUGAAUAUCGCCGCCGAGCCCGCGCAGAAACCACCACCACCCCAACCACUCGGUCUGAUGCAUCGACAGCAGAGGCAACCCUGCCGUGUGGCCCCCAGGAAGCGCAACUGCGGGUCAUUUGGAGCAAGGCGCUCAACGUCCCCGAGCGCGACAUUGCACUGGACGUGUCGUUCAUGCGCCUGGGUGGCGACUCCAUCUCUGCCAUGGAUGUCAUGGCGCGCUGCCAGGCCGCUGGUCUCGCCCUCACCGUCCAGGACAUUUUGCGCUACAAGACCAUCGCACGCCUUGCCAAACGCCUGGCAACCAAGGGGAAUGUGCCAGUACCGCAGCAGAAGGCCCUGGCCGCCGACGAGAACAAUGCCGUGGCGCUGUCGCCCAUCCAGAGGCUGUACUUUACCCUGAACCCGGAUGGCCAGCACCACUUCAAUCAGAGCUUCUUGGUGCGUCUGGUGCGAGGUGUCCCUGUCGACACUCUGCGCACAGCCAUCUCCGCCAUUGUCCGCCACCAUUCGAUGUUGCGCGCUCGCUUUACCCACAGCCAGGGCACCUGGACGCAGUCGAUUUCGCCUGACGGUGAUGGAGCAUUCGCGUUCCGCGUGUGUCCGGUGGCCUCGAAAGAAGAGGCGGCCCAUCUUGCUGCGCAGAGCCAGCGCGCCCUGGACUUUGAGAGGGGACCGGUCCUGGCAGUUGAUGUGUUUCAACUGCCUGAGGAGACACUCCUCGGGCUGGUGGCGCAUCAUCUGGUGGUUGAUGCCGUAUCCUGGCGUAUCAUCCUGCGCGACCUGGAGAGCUUACUCCGGGGAGGCCAUCUGGCGCGUGAAAUGUCCCCACUGAGCUUCCUCCGUUGGUGCCAUCUCCAGGCUCAGCAUGUGUCCCAGCAUAUCAUCUCAGCGCAAACCCUCCCUGCGGCGUGUCCAGCUGCCGACCUCGCGUACUGGGGAAUGGAUGCAACCAGCCCUAACCCCGUCGGCGACACCACCAUGGUGCAGUUCACGCUGGACCCAUUCAUCACGACUACCUUACUGGGACCUGCCAACAAAGCCUUGGACACCGAGCUGGUCGACAUUCUCCUGGCCGCCUUGUCCUUCUCCUUCUCUCAGACCUUCCCAGACCGUCGGGCGCCACCCAUUUUUCACGAGGGCCAUGGGCGCGAGCCUUGGGACGAGACUGUCGACCUGUCUAGCACAGUUGGUUGGUUUACCACGCUGCACCCCGUCGUGCGGCAGGGCGAGCAGGCCGAUGACAGCUUCCUGGAUGUGCUACGCCAGACCCGUGAUGCACGUCGAGCGACUCCGGCCAAUGGCUGGGCCUAUUUCGCCUCCCAGACCACCUUGCCCUCCAUGGAGGUUGUCUGCAACUACCUCGGCGUGUACCAGCAAUUGGAAGACCCAGACGCCCUUCUCGCCGCAGUGUCGUGGGAGCCCGCGCUGGCCCCGUCCGACAUGGCCGCCGACGUGCGACGCUUCGCCAUUGUGGAUGUGUCCGCAGUGGUCCAGCGCCAGGCCCUGCAAGUUGCCCUGCACUUCCCCCGGAACCUGCCGCACGCGGACCGACUGCGUCGCUGGGCCGGAGCCAUCGAAGACACUCUCCACCAGGCGACCGCGCUGUUGCGUGCCGAGGCUGCGCGCCAGUACACUCUCGACCACUUCCCACUGCUGGAGCCCACGACCUCAGUGGAGGGGCUGCAAGAUCUGCUGGCCGUCCGCCUCCCCAGCCUGGGGAUCAUGGAUCCUGAGGCUGUGGAGGAUCUCCUGCCAUGCACGCCGACACAGGAGGGCAUCCUGCUCAGCCAGAGCAAACAGGCCGACCGGUACCAGGUCAUGCUGUCUUACACUCUCACCCACUCAUCGGGCCAGCCGAUUGACUGCGCCCGCGUACAGUCGGCGUGGGCCAGCGUAGUACAACGCCACUCGGUCCUGCGCACCGUCUUUGUCGCGGGCCAAAAUGGUAGGUUCCUGCAAGUGGUGCUCAAGCGCAUUCCAGACGAUCAUGCUUCGCAAAGCCCGAGUCUCCCCCAUCAGGUUGCCGUGGACGCUGCCGGCAUCCUCACGCUACAGAUCCACCACGCCGUCCUGGACGGCUUCUCCAUCAGCAUCCUCCUGCGCGACCUUCGCCUGGCCUAUGACGGUGCUCUCGACGCCCUCCCCCCGGCUACGCCAUACCGCGCCCUAGUGGAGCACCUACAGACCCCGGAGACCGGCCUGGCCCGCGCCUACUGGCACGGCCAGCUAGCUGGUGCACCAGGCACGCUGUUCCCUUCGCAGUCCCCGGACACCAGUACCGAGUGGCACGUUACCUCGGUGCCGUCGCAUGACUGGACCGACAUGCGCGCAUUCUGCCGGGAGCUUGAGAUCACCCCCUUCAUCCUGCUGCAGGCCGCCUGGGCCCUGACCCUGGGCCUGUAUGCUGAUGAAGAGGAUGUGACCUUUGGGUACGCCGCAUCGGGCCGCAGCCUGCCCAUCCCCGGCAUUGCCGACGCGGUGGGCCCGUACAUCCAGAUGCUGGUGGCCCGCGUCGACCUGGCGGCGGCGCCCACGGGACGUGCCUUGCUGGAUCGCCUGCAAGACGAUUUCCUCGACGCCCUGGACUACCAGACGGUCUCGCUGCUGGAGCUGCAUCACGACCUGGGACGCGCCGGCCGCCCAUUGUUCAACACCAGCAUGUCGCUGCAGCGCGACGAUGCUGGGGCGGCCCCGCCAGCGGGCCUCCAGUAUGCGCAGACCAUGGCCCACGAUCCCAGCGAGUUCGACAUCCAUCUCAGUAUUGCAGAUGCCCCGGGGGCACCCCCAACCGUCACCCUGACGACCAGCCCAGGUUUCGCCUCUCCUGGGGCUGCGACGCGCGUGGCCCACACCCUGGGCCAUGUGGUGACGGUUCUGAUGCGCCAUGUGGAUGAUCCGAUUGACAGUCUCCCCGUGCUCAGCAUGCACGAUCAGCAACAGCUCGAUGCUUGGGCCGGCCCGGACCUGGCCACCAAACUGGUAGACCGCUGCAUCCACAGCGAGAUUCUGGAGCAGGCGGCCCAGAGGCCAGAUGCUCUGGCCGUCGAUGCACAUGACGGGACUCUUUCUUACAACGAGCUCGACCGGCUCAGCGCGCGCCUGGCGGCCCAUCUGCGCGAUAACUGGAGUGUCCGCCGCGGCAUGAUCAUCCCGCUCUGCUUUGACAAGACCCGGUGGGUCGUACUGGCCAUGCUGGCUGUAUUGCGUGCGGGCGCAGCCUUUGUGCCCCUGGAUCCUCGCCAUCCCCGCCAGCGGCUCGUCCACAUGCUAGCCGAUGUCGAAGCCCCCUUCGUGCUGGGCCCCGCGGAUCCCUCCGCCGGUGCUUAUACCCUGGGACUUCCCGUGGUGCCCGUUGACGCGGCGGCCCUGGCCAUGCUCCCCACGCUGGACGAAGCUGCCCUCGUGGCGUCCCCGCCCCAACCGGCCACCGACGUGGCCUACGUGAUGUACACGUCCGGCUCGACCGGCAUGCCUAAGGGCGUGGUGAUGGAGCACCGCGCCUUUGUAUCCAUGGCGCGGCAGCUGGCCCCGCGCAUCGGCAUCGACGCCUCUUCGCGCGCACUGCAAUUCUCCGCCUUCACCUUCGACGCCUCGCUGUUGGAGAUUAUUGUCUCGCUGCUGUACGGCGGCUGCGUGUGCAUGCCGUCGGCCACGGAGCGCAUGGAUGACCUGGAGGGGGUCAUUCGACGCACUCGCUGCACCUGGACGUUCCUGACGCCGUCGGUGGUCAAGAUGCUCCGGCCUAACAAGAUCGGCUCCCAUCUACGCACCAUCGCCAUCGGCGGCGAGAGCGUGCCCGGCGACCUCCUGGCCCUCUGGGACGCCACCCACCAGGUGCACCUGAUGAAUGCCUACGGCCCGACGGAGUGCGCCGCCCUCUCAACGGUCAACGCCGAGUACACCCACCGUGAGGGCGCCGACAUCGGCACACCCUUCUUCCGCGCCUGGGUGGCCGACGGCCGCAACCCGGGACGGCUGCUGCCCAUCGGCUGCGUGGGCGAGCUCCUGCUUGAGGGCCCUAACCUGGCCCGGGGAUACCUGCACGACGAGGCGCGUACCACAACCGCCUUUCCCACGCUGCCCCUGCUGCCCGGCAGCUCCCGGCGCGUCUACCGCACUGGCGACUUUGCGCAUUUCCACGACGAUGGCAGCAUCCGCUUCCACGGCCGCCGCGACGCCCAGGUCAAGCUACACGGUCAGCGGCUGGAGCUCGAAGAGGUGGAGGUCCAACUGCGCCACGUGUUUCCGUCGGCGUCGCAUGUCGCGGCGGCGGUGCUCGCCCUGCACGGUGCCCCUCCGGUGCUGGCGGCCUUUGUGCUGCACCCUGCAGAGAAUCCGGAGGCUGCGCCAGCUGCCGAGGCGCUGCUUGCCCAAGCCCUCCCAUCGUACAUGGUCCCGCGCGUCUUCUUCCCCAUCCUGGGCGUCCCGCUGUCCCCGUCCGGCAAGCUGGAUCGCCGCGUCUUGACUCAGUUGGCUACAGACCUCAGCCAGGACCAGCUCGCAGCCUUGUUUGCGACAGCACAGCCCCGACGAUGCCUGGUUGGCCCCGAGGAGACUGCUCUAGGCGCUAUCUGGGCCGCCGUCCUAGGCCUGGCCCUGCCCAGCAUCGGGCCGGACGAUGACUUCUUUCGCCGCGGCGGUGACUCCCUGAGGGCCAUGAAGGUCGUGGCCGAGGCGUCUGCACGCGGCCUCCGCCUGAGCGUAGCGGACAUCUUCGCCAGCCCCCGCCUGGAAGAUCUCGCGCACACGUUGAGCGGCUCCUCCACUAGUGAGAAUGCGACCCCGGAGGCCAUCGACGCCUUUUCCCUGCUCGCCCUGGAGCCGGAGCCCGCCAUUGCCGAGGCCGCCGCUGCCUGCCAGGUACCGCCCGAGGCGAUUCAGGAUAUCUUCCCCUCACUGCCCCUCCAAGAGGGGCUCAUUGCCCUGUCCGGGCGUCGCACCGGGCUCUACGUCGCACAGCAUGUCUUCCGUCUGCCCCGCAAUAUUGAUCUCGACGGGCUGUGCCGUGCCUGGCAGACCGUCGCCCGCGGUAUCCAGGCCCUACGCACGCGGGUUGCCCCCCUGGGCCCUGAUGCUCGCUGCCACCAGAUCGUGGUCACCGAGGAGAUUCCGUGGAUGUUGUGGCCCGGCGAGCUGGACGACUUUUGCCGCGUGGACCGGGACACUCCCAUGGCGGCAGGGGACCGACUGACCCGUUUCACCGUUAUCGGAGAGGGCAACUACUUCGUGCUGACGGCCCAUCAUGCGGUCUACGACGGAUGGUCACUGCCACACAUCUUCACAGCCGUCGAGGACGUCUACGCGGGCCGCGCCUGGACGCCGAGUCCUGGCCUGCAGGGCCUCAUCCGCCAGGUCCAAGAGACCGAUGUCACGGCGCAGGACGACUUCUGGAAGUCCUACUUCGACGGCCACCUGGUCGUGCAGUUCCCCGCCUACCCCUCGGCUGACUACGAGGCCCUGGCCAGCGCCUGCAUGACGCACCACAUCACGGGGCUGACGGCCCUUCGGGCGUCGGCGACAUUCACCAUGCCCACGCUGAUCCGGGCGGCCUGGGCCCUCGUCCUCGCGCAAUACACCGGCAGCACCAGCGUCAACUACGGCAUGAUCCUCUCGGGUCGCACGGUGGCUGUCACGGACGUGGACCGCAUGGUCGGGUCCGCCAUCACCAACAUUCCCGUGCGGCUGACCGUGGACUGGGGGGCUGAGUCCGUGGCUAGCUAUCUGGCCCGCGUCCAGCGCGAGGCGACGGCCAUGAUCCCCUUCGAGCAGACCGGACUGCACCAUAUCCAGACCCUGAGCCGCGACGCCCACGCGGCCUGUCGCUUCGGCAGUCUGCUCAACAUCCUGCCGGGCACGUCCGAUGCCCUGCUGCCUCCUACUGCCGUCUUGGGUGAUCCCCUGCCGAUGGAGGAGGGCGUCAACUUUAACACCUAUCCCCUCAACGUCACCUUCGCCGUCGAGCCCGACGCGGUGUCGCUGACCAGCCACUAUGACCCUCGCCUUCUCACCAGCGCCGAGCUGGCGCGUCUGCACCACACCUUCGAGACGGCCCUGCGUUCCCUUGGCGACGCGGUCAACCAGACCCAGCAGCUGGGACAGCUCCGCCUGACCAGUCCGCAGGAUAUCGCCAGUAUUCGCGCCUGGAACCAGGGCAUCCCGCCCCCGGCUCAGGAAUGUAUCCACGAAGUCAUCCGCCAGCGCGCCGCCGAGUACCCGGACGACCUGGCUGUCGAUGCCUGGGACGGCGCGUUCACGUACGCCGACCUGGACCACCUCACCGACCAGCUGGCCACCCACCUCGUGCGCGACCAAGGUGUGCAGCCCGGCGACAUGAUCCCUGCGCUGUUCGAAAAGUCCAAAUGGGCGCUAGUCGCUAUGGUGGCCAUCCUCAAGGCCGGCGCCGUGCUGGUGCCGAUGGUCAUCUCCCUGCCCCCGGCCCGUCUGGCCAGCAUGGUGCAACAGACGGCCUGUCGUGUGCUGGUCUGCUCGGAGCCCGGAACUGCCCUAGCCCAGGAGCUGCUGGCGGAGGUCUCGGCCAGUGUGAUUGUGCCCAUCUCCGACACUAUCUGGCCGUACUCCAUGGCCCUUGGAAAUGGAGAUGGAGAUGUGUCCUGGCUGGCUGGCCGUGUCACCCCCGAGCAGCCCGCGUACGUGAUUUUUACCUCCGGCUCCACCGGCGUGCCCAAGGGUGCCAUCAUCACGCACUCGGCCUUUGUGACCAGUACCUACCGGCAAAAGGCCAUUCACCUGCCCCUCGGGCCCGGCGCGCGCGUCCUGCAGUUCUCUGCCUUCUCAUUUGAUAUCUGCCUGCAGGAAACCCUGGCGCCGGCCAUGUUGGGCGCCUGCGUGUGUUUCCCGUCCGAGGACGAGCGCGUCAAUGACCUGGUCGGCUUCAUGAACCGCAAAGCCGUAACCUGGGCUUCGCUGACGCCCACCGUGGCCAGCACCUUGUCUCCCGCGCAGGUUCCCUCCCUGGUUGCCCUGGGUGUCGCCGGCGAGGCCGCCACGCAAACUGUCCUGGACCUGUGGGCCGACGCCGUCGACCUCACCAAUCGCUACGGCCCGGCCGAAUGCACUAUUGAGUGCGUUGCCCGCCCCCAUCUCACCCGUGAUACCGAUCCCCUGAAUGUUGGCUGGCCGCUGGCCGCGGGCUGGGUGGUUGAUGCGACUGACCAUCACCGCCUGGUGCCCGUCGGCGGCAUCGGCGAACUCAUCAUCGGCGGGCCCAUGGUCGGCGCUGGCUACCUGAAGAACCCCAAUCAGACCGCGGCGGCCUUCAUCGACCCCCCGCGCUGGGCGGACGCCGUGAACGCCACGCAGGUUCGCAUGUACAAGACCGGCGAUCUGGUCCAGCAGUUGCCCGAUGGCUCGUACCGCUACAUUGGCCGCAAGGACCUGCAGGUCAAGCUACGCGGGCAGCGCAUUGAGCUCGGCGAGAUCGAGUUCCAUCUGCACGCACAGGCCGCGGUGCGCCAGGCCGUCGUCCUGCUGCCCAAGACUGGGCCCUAUGCGCGACAGCUGGUGGCGGUGGUCGUCCCCACCGACAUCGACCGCCCUGACGACCGUUCCAUGGCCCUCGUUCCUGCGCCAGCCCUGAUCGCGACGCUGCACGAGGCCCUCACCCAAGCCCUUCCCCCCUACAUGGUGCCCGAGGCCUGGGCCCCCGUGAAUGCAGUCCCGUUGAACCCGUCCAACAAGGUGGACCGGCGACAGCUGCUCGUGUGGUUGGAAACACUCGCGGCCAUGAGCCUGACCGGCAGCGAGGCGCCCGUCGAUGAACCCCCGGCCUCGGAGCUGGAGCGCGUGCUCCAGGGCAUCUGGGCGGACGUGCUCAACGUCGUUGCCGAUGACAUCGGCCGCCAUACACCCUUUGGCGGCCUCGGCGGGGACUCCAUCUCGGCCAUGCAGCUGGUCGCCCGGGGUCGCACGCACCAGCUCUCCUUCACGGUGGGCGAUGUGCUCCGGGCCAAGACCAUUGCCAGUCUGGCCGCGGUGGUGCAGUCCAUGCCGACCAUGCCAACCAUCACCCUGGCCGCGCUAGAGGACGGACAGGCCUUUGCGCUGACCCCCUUCCAGGAGCUACACUUCCGCACCGACCCCGACGCCGAGCGCUACUUCGUACAGAGCUUCGUGCUACACGUGCGAAAGCCGGUGCGUGCAGAGCACUUGGCCGCCCUGGUGCGUCAUCAUGCCAUGUUGCGCGCGCGGUUUGUCCGUGGGUCCGAUGGGCAGUGGACGCAAGUCAUUUCGGGGGAUGUUGCGGGCUCGCUGGACUUCCACGCAGUCGAUACGGCCUGUCCCCAGGAAAUGCGCCAUGCCAUGCAGGCGGCCAAACAGCAGGUGGACAUCCGCCAGGGCCCGCUGCUGGUCGCGCGCCAGUUCCGGGACGUCCUGUUCCUCACCAUCGACCACCGGGUGGUUGACCUGGUCUCCUGGCGCAUCCUGCUGGAGGAUCUGACCACACUGAUUGAACAGGGAGCGGCCACAAGUUUGCCACCAGUCCCAAUUUCCUUUGCGCAGUGGGGUUUAUAUCAGAAGCAGCAGCACGAGCCCCAGGCAAACUGGCCAGCUCUUCCCCCCGUUGAUCUCGACUACUGGGGGCUUGAGACCCCUCCCACUGUUGGCCAGCUUGUCACCGAGACCGUAAUCCUUCCGGAAGAUAUCUCGGCUGUCCUGCUGACGGGCCAUCCCCAGCGCCUCGGGAUCGAGACCGUCGAAAUCCUGGCCACUGCCAUCCUCGGGGCCUUUUCCCAGUGCUUCACGGACCGCCAGCUUCCGGUCCUCUUCCUCGAAGGUCAUGGCCGCCCCGAGGAGCUCGACCUCUCUCGCACGGUCGGAUGGUUCACCACACUCUUCCCGGUCGUCCUGGCAUCGACCGACACACCGCAUCCCCUCGCCCAGCUCCUGCUCCAAGUCAAGGAGGAGCACCGCGUCGCUAAACAGGCCGCCGGGUCAUCAUUUGGCGCUGCGGUGCGCCAGCGGUCCCCCCAGCUGCUGCAGCAAGAGAUCCUGCUGAACUACGCCGGGCACUACCAGCAGCUGGAGCGCGCUGACGCCAGCCUGGCCCCCGUCUCGGACGAUCUCGCCGUCGCGCUGGGGGUACCAGACCUACAUCCUGCGUCACCCCAGGGCCCGCUGUUCCACAUUGCCGCCCGCGUGGACCGGGACUGUCUGCGCUUCGACUUUGCUUUCCCGACUACCUUACAGCAGCAGUCACGCGUGCGGGACUGGAUCCAGCAAUCCCAGGCGGUCCUCCACCAGCUGGCCGAGGACGUCCUGCCGGGCCUGUCGGCGGCAUACACCCCCAGCGACUUCCCUCGCCUGCAUGCCCUCGGCCGCCGCGGGCCCGCCAUCGUGGCCUGCGCCCGUGCCCAGCUGUCGUCCUCCGCAUACACUCAGAUCGCCGACAUCUCCCCCUGCUCCCCCGUGCAGCAAGGCAUCCUGCUCAGCCGGACCAAGAACCCCCAGCACUAUCAGACCGCCUGUGCCUGGCGGGUGACCUCGCCCGACGGCAUCCCCGUGGACGUGGCCCGCCUGGGGGCGGCCUGGCAGCGUGUCGUCGACCGCCAUCCGGUGCUUCGGACCUGCUAUAUCGGCGGUUCGGACGAGGUCGGCGACUUCUACCAGGUGCUAUUGGCACAGGCCGACGCCCCCAUCGACCAUGUUGUCGUGCCGGCCGAGCCUGACUUUGAGGCCGCCGCCGCCAGGCCCCUGCCUGAGCUCCCGCACCGGCUCACGAUCUAUUCCUUGCCCGACAGCACCGUCUUCUGCCGGCUCGAGAUCACCCACGCCAGCAAUGAUGGUGCCACCAUGGCUAUCCUCGUCCAGGACCUGUGCGCAGCGUAUGAUCACCCCAACGCGCCACUGCCGCCGCCAACCCUCGCUCCCGGCGCGUACAUCGACUAUCUCCAGCGCACCGCGGGGGAUACCUCUUUGACCUACUGGCAGGACUAUCUAGCCGGGGCCUCUCCCUGCCAUUUCCCCGCCCUCGACGACGACCAUCCGGACCCCGUCCCUACGAGCCACACGGCGCGCGUGCCCUUGACUGACCGAGACACGGCUCGGCUCCGCGCACUUUGCCAGACCCUGGAGGUGAGUCCUUUCCAAGUCUUCCAGACCGGAUGGGCGGUGGUGUUGCGCGCAUAUACCGGUACGGAUGAUAUCAGCUUCGGGUACCUCGUGUCCGGCCGUGAUCUGCCGCUGGACGGCCUGGAGCAUGCGGCGGGGGCCUUCAUCAACCUUCUCACCUGUCGCGUGCAAUUCGACGCCGCUCCCAUGUCCAACGUCAUUCAGGCCCGGCGCGAGGAAUACGUCGACGCGCUGGCCCACCAGACCGUACCGCUCUCGCACGUCCAGCACGCCUUGGGCCUGGGGGGCGAGCGUCUCUUCAACUCCGUUCUCUCGCUGCAGAAGCUGUCCUCCUCGGCCCCGUCGGCUGCAACCAGCCUCACCCUACAGGGGAUCUACAGCCGUGAUCCCACCGAGUACGAUGUCAGCAUCUCCAUUGUUGAUCCCGGCGACGGUUGCUUCACCGUGCACAUCAGCCACUGGACCGACUACAUCUCCCCGGCCCAGGGCGACAGCCUGGCCGCGACCUUUGCGCAGGCCUUGUCCAGCAUUCUCGACGACCCGACGCAGUCCGUAAGCACCGUGGACUUGGUCAGCCCCCAUGACCAAGCCCUGCUCCGCAGCUGGCGUCUCACAGACCACCCCGUGGAUCCGCCCUGCGUGCAUGCUCUGUUUGAGCAGCGCGUGCGCCUGCAUCCCCGCGCCCCCGCGGUGCAAGACCGCCAGGGCAACCAGCUCAGCUAUGGGGAGCUCGACAAGCUUACCACCCGGCUGGCCCACCAUCUGGUCGCCCGCGGCGUCGGUCCCGAGAGCGUGGUUCCCUACUGCUUCGACAAGUCCAUCCAGGCCGUCGUCGCCAUGCUGGCCACCCUCAAGGCCGGCGGGGCCUGUCUGGCCCUGGACCCCAGUCAUCCGCACGACCGCCGCGUCAUCCUCCUCGACACGACCGCUGCGCGCAUCUGCCUCACUAGCUCCUCCCACCGGCCUCUCUUUGACACCCUGCCGGUGGAGGUGGUCGUGGUGGAUGACCUCACCCUCGACUCGUACCCGCUGUCGCCCGAGACACUGCCGCCAACGCAGCAGCAACCAGUCCUCCCCAGCCAUGCGGCCUUUGUCCUCUUCACCUCCGGUAGCACAGGCCGCCCCAAGGGCUUCCCGCUCGAGCACCGGGCCAUGGCGUCCAGCCUGCUGCAACACACGCAGGGCAUUUGCCUGGAUGCCGGGUCGCGCAUGCUCCAAUUCGCAGCCUACACGUUCGACAUGAGCAUCACCGAGAUCUUUGGGUCACUGGCCGUGGGAGCCUGCGUCUGCGUGCCAUCGGAUGAUGACCGGCUCAACGACCUCGUGGGCUUCAUCAACGACCUCCAGGUCACCUACGCCUUCGUCACGCCCACCCUGGUCAACCUCCUGCGUCCUGAGCAAGUGCCCAGCCUUCGCGUGCUGCACUUUGGGGGCGAGGCCGCAUCCCACCGACUCAUGGCCACCUGGGCAGACCGUGUCAACCUGGGCAUCUCGUAUGGCCCGUCCGAGUGCUCCGUUAUGGUGGCUGCCUCGCAGUACCGCACCGCCACGGACAACCCGCGCAACAUCGGCCGCAGCGUCAACAGCACCAUGUGGCUGGUCGACCCGGCCAACCACGACCUCCUGCGGCCCAUCGGCGCCAUCGGGGAGAUUGUCAUCGAGGGCCCCGGGGUUGCCCGUGGCUACCUCAACGAGCCGGAACGCACGGCAGCUGCCUUCAUCGCGCCGCCGCGCUGGAUCGCCGACGCGGACCCGCCUCCGUCGCCACGCCUCUACAAGACGGGUGAUCUGGCACGCCAGAACUCGGAUGGCAGCGUCGUAUUCAUCGGCCGCGCCGACACCCAGGUCAAGGUCCGUGGCCAGCGCGUCGAGCUAGCGGAAAUCGAGCAUCACCUGCGACUAAGCAUGCCCGAGUCCCCUCAAGUGGCUGUGGAUGUGGUGCCGCUCGGCACUGCCAGUUCGAGUAACCAAGCGAAACGCUCCCUGCUGGUGGCCUUUGUCCAGACGGAAGGGGGCACGACUGCCACCGAGGCCGAGUACGUGGCGGACCGCGUGCCCGAGUCCACGGUGCAAGCUAUCGGCCGCGCCACCACGGCCAUGGCCCUCGCCCUGCCCCCGUACAUGGUGCCCACCGUGUUCAUCCCCAUGGCGCGGAUGCCCGUGCUGACCUCGUUGAAGCUGAAUCGCCGCCUGCUGCGCGAGAUGGCCGCUCAUCUGCACCCGCACGAGGUCGCCCGGCUCAUGGGCCUGUGUCGCCAGCACCAGGCUCCGAUCACCCGCGUCGAACGGCUGCUAAGUGAGCUGUGGGCGGAGCAGCUGGCUAUUGAUGGGACAGCUCUCGGUCGCGACGACGACUUCUUCCGAAUUGGCGGCGACUCCAUCGAAGCCAUGCGGUUGACGGCGGCGGCGCGUGCCCGGGGUUUGCGGCUCACGGUGGCGGAUAUCUUCGCCCAUCCCGUCUUGAAGAACCUGGCGCAGGUGUGUCGGGUUGUCGAUGCGCCGGACACCAAGCGGCAGCAGCAGGAGGAGGAAGAGAAUGGGGACAGUCUGCCUUCCACCGUGUCGGACACUGCCAGUGACGAGGGAACCACCGGGUCCGAAUCCAAAGACAUGAUGAGUCGCUCCAUCUCGGAUCUCACGGUGCAGUCCGUACCGGACCAGGCCCUCGAGCCGGAGGCCGUGCUGCCCGCCAUCCAGGAGCCCGAUGCCAAGGUGGAGUCCAUCACGACCACCACCGACUAUCAAGACUGGGCGGUACGCUGUGGGUUGACGUCAGCCCACGGCUACAUGAACUACUACACCUUGACCUUGACGGGAGCCGUAGCACUGGACCGCCUGGAAUCAGCCCUAAUCCAACUCGUCAACCACUACCGUAUCCUGCGCACCGUCUACGUGCCGGGCUCGGAGGAUCGUCUACUUCAAGUCGUCUUGAAUUCCCCUUUACCACAGAUCAGCCUUGUCCCCCAGCCUGAUGCCCGUCCCCAGCAAGUCAUCGACACCGACCUCCAGUCUCCGAUUACCCUGGGGAUGCAUCUGACCCGGUUCUGGAUUCUCACUCACAACCCAACCUCUGUCUCCCUGAUUAUGCGCAUCUCCCACGCCCAAUACGACGGCAUCUGUCUACCCAUCAUCCUCCGCGGGCUAGUCACCCUCUACCAGGGCGGUACCCUGGCCCCGGAACCUCUCCUGGUCGACUAUAUCUCCUACAUCUCCACCCAAAAUACCACUUCAUCCACAGCCUACUGGCACCAAACCCUCCUCCAUUCUACCAUGAUACCCAUCCUCUCCCGCCCCAUCACUCCCGUUGACUACCGCGUCGACUCCGCCGUCUCCCAAACCCUAACCCCGGCCAAACUCGCCCUGUACGGCCUCACCACCGCCACCCUCGUCAAAGCUGCCUGGUCCCUGACCUUGGCCCAACUCUCCUACACCACCGACAUUGUCUUCGGCCAUACCACCUCGGGCCGCACCUCGGCUCUCGACGACGUCGACCAAAUGGUCGGAUCCUGUCUCAACAUCGUCCCCGUCCGCAUCACUCUUCGCCCCGACUGGACCAACCUGGACCUCCUCCGCACCGUCCAACAAACCUACAUCGACAUGCUCCCUCACGAAACCCUCGGCUUCAAAACCAUCUUCGACCAAUGUACCACCUGGCCCAAAGGCACCCGGUAUUCCUCAAUCGUGCAACACCAGAACCUAAAUGACCGUCUCACUGGAGACGCACUGGACGUGGACGCUACUCUCCGCACAAAUAUCUCGGCGUAUGCCCCCCCGCAUGAUACUACGGACUUUUGGCUGUAUACGGUGCCUCAGGGCGGAGAGUUGCUGGUGAAUUUGACGUUCUCGGGUAGAGCUGUUGCUAGGGAUAUGGCGCAGCGGGUGUUGAUGAGGUUUUGUGAGAAUGUGGGGGUCUUAGGGGGAGGGUUGGAGAAGAAAGUUACGUUGGUGGAGGAGAGUGAGAAGAUUUUGCCUUUGGUUCCGGUUUCUAAAUUUUGAGUGUUGGUUGGUUUUGUGAGAUUUUCUGGUUUUUUUUUUGUUUUUUUUUUUUU